AUGGACCAUUCGUCUGGAGCUUACGCCCCACCAGCGAAACGAGCUCGAACCGAUGACGAUGAAACACCCGCUCCGAUGACGCGCUCAGAUAUAUGGCAUUCGGAUGGCAAUCUUGUUCUCCAAGUUGGCACUACACAAUUUCGCGUCCACUGGGGUGUAUUGUCGACUCAUUCGUCUGUGUUCAAAGACAUGCAGAGUAUUCCUCAGCCAGACACCGCAGAACCACUCGUGGAAGGUUGUCCUCUCGUUGAACUCUACGAUGACCCCCUCGACGUUGAAAAUGUCCUUCGUUUGCUUUAUGACCCGACCGUAUUUCUUCAGUCGCAACAUGAAUUCGCAUUUGUGGCCGCGUUAAUUCGGAUGGGUCGCAAAUACGAUUUCCAAAACCUUUGGAAUGCAGGUCUUGGCAUUCUGGAGGCCGCCAUUCCAACGACGCUGGCUCAAUACGAUGCUCUCCGCGAUGUCAACUACCGAGUGAAAGGCAUCGUCAAGUAUCCCGCUCUCUUCAUCGAUAUUCUCAGUUUGUUGCGCGAGAACAACAUCAUGACUCUUCUGCCUUGCGCGUACUACCUUGUCAUUUACAUAUAUUCCGUGAAGCAGCUGUUUGACGGUGUAGCGCGGGGAGACGGCACGACCGCUAUUCUGGCCCCCGAAAUUCUACGUCAAUGCAUAGUGUCCAAGGAGAAGAUCAUCGGUACACAGUCGUUGACUGGCUACGCACUUUACUGGACCGUCACGUUGCCAACGAAUCAAAGCAGUAAUACCUCAGGCUGCGCUAACGUCGCCAUCUGCACAAAGAAUCGCUUGCUCCAGGUGUCCAGGCACGCAAAGAUGCUGGUAUUGCUCCCCCCCGCUGCGAAUGACGAAAAUCCCGGGAUGCUACACGGACUCUGCCCAUAUUGCCGCGACUUAGCAGCUAUGUUAAUCAAGGUCGGCCGACAAAACGGCUGGGAGAAUCUCCCCAAUUUCUUCGACCUUGCUCGGUGGGAUGAGCUAAAAAAUGAGGGGUAA